AGAGCUACUAUCAUCCCAUCCAUAGAGACUAUCGUCAAAGUUGAUGAAGAAAAUAUUUGUUGUCACCAGCAAACAUGCGAUCUGUGUCUACAUCUUUGUUUGUUGCUGUUAUGCUCUUUAUACAAACAGGUAGCUUGGCGCCUCAGGUAACUACUUCCGUCAGCCGACUAUCACCAGUGUCGUCAGGUGAGCAGACGACAGAAUCGCUGGCAGUAAGCCAAAUAAUGGACGCAGGCAGCGAUUGCCACGAGGGCUGGCACAGUGCCAGGUGGCGCGGCUGGUGUAUCAAGGUCAGCUCGGACCCGGUGGACAGUCAGCUUAAGGCAGGAGAAAUCUGUAACGAGCUUGGUGCCAAUCUAAUGGCAGGGCCCAUGGACAAUCAGACACUGCAACUCAUCGAAUCUCACAUCUCAGACGUCCUUGAAAUGUGGAUAGCAGCAGACGAUUAUGAGUGUAACGUCAUCAAUGUUGUGACGCACGCUUGCAGCAGACGGCUUGAUGGAGACAAACUCAACUUUGUAUGUGUCAGGGGAGCUGGACCGAGACUUUGUUCCAGUCAGCUUGCACACAUGACAGCAGUGGCAAAGAUCGGGGAAACGGUUCGGCUGACUCUGUGCGUCACCAUGGCAACCAGACACAAACAGAUAUCCAUAGAUGUGACAAAAGACAACCUGAUUGUGCCCAAUGUGGUGGUUGAGUGGAUAGAGCCAGAGGAUUGGAACUCAACAUACCACUUCAACAUCACCAUCUCGAACGUUUCGGCGCCAGACUUUGGGCAAAUCACCAUCAGAAUCCAGAAUUUGACUUUCAUUCUAACACUUAUAACAGAAGACUCUAGCACUGAGGAUGUGAUCAAAGACGUGGUGGUGUCAGUCAUUCUGGUGCUUGCCGUCAUGGUCCUUUGUCUAGCGGUGGUGGUGUUUAGAAGGAGAGCUAAGAGUAUCAAGACACCGUUUCAGUUCAAGAGACUGGAUGAGUCUAUGACUGGACAAUUCGUCCAAGUUAAUGAAAUGGAUGAAAUAUCAGGCAAGGAUAAUGAAGAGAUAACGAAGAACUCAGCUUUUGGUCAGAGCCUAACCCUAGGAAAGCUUUAAACGAAACAGUUUCAUUCAUCAUACAAGUCAGUUUCUGGGCAUGUCCGUCAAAUAUUCGUAAAAACAGGGGCAGCAACCCUGUAUUGGUUUGGUUGACGCUUCGGUCUCAUUGAAAAUAUAUUUAGUAAAUUAUGCUUGAAGGAAUGUGACGUUCCGUACAUUAGACCCAUUGAAUGAUGGACUAUUCAGUUUACUCUACUGCACCCGUCCCAUCCAAGAACAACAUUAAAAGAACCUACUAAUAGGUUUGUUUGUUUUAGGUCUAUUUUCUCAUUUUUGGAUCAGCAUAGGUCUCUAUUCAUUGUAUUUUAUAACUUAAAUAUUAAUAACAAUACCAGAUUUGUUACUUAAUAUGUUAAAACCAUUUACACAUUGCCGCUCAUACAUAUUGUUUCAAUAUUUGUGUGAUUCUUUACGUGCAUUGAAAAUACUGAAAUGUUAUGUCAAGUUACCAGACAGCUUAUGGAACGGCGUGGUCCAAGCAUUAGAACGUUACGCUGCUAACCUAAACAUCUGGGCCCAAGUCUGUAGAAUGUCCAAGUGUCCACCCAGCUCUAAUGGGUACCUAGCUCACGUUAGGGAAAGUAAAGGCGGCUGGACAAAGUGCUGACCACAACUUUCUAAAAAAUAUCGAGGUCAAGCAACAUAUGAUCUCUACUUCAUCUGCCCAAUGGAUCGCUAGGUCUAAAGAGGAUUCCUUACUUUUUAAGAGUUAGCUUAAAUGGUAAGAAAAAUGUUAGAGCAGGGUUGAUUUCAAGCAACUAUGAGUCUGAAUCAUUUAUGAAAAUACAUAAACAAUAUGACGGUAUGCUGCGAUUUGUUAAAUAUAAGUC